GUAAGAAAGCUAAGAACCACCAAACGCGGCUAGAUUCUCCCACAAACCUGCUCCAGUUCCUCUACGACCCUAUAAAUGGCUUUGAAUCACUCUCACAUGCCCAUUUCCUUGACUUUUCAGGCCCGGAAAAGCUGUUUCUCAGUCCUCUCAUACAUUCCUUCUUCAUUUCUAUGAUCCGAGUUUGAAAUUCCGGCAUCUCUCUAAAGGAUCUCCGUUCGAAUCAUAGGGCUCAUAAUCGUAGUUUCUCCUUGGAAUUGCUGUCUUGAAGUGGUUUUUCAUUAAAGUUUCAUAUCUUUAAUGGAAGAAGGCGAGCUUGAAUCCUCAAAUCCAGAAGUGUUUUCGAGUUCGAAUGCCGUAGAGCUUCCGAACAGUUGCUCAAUGGAUACCUUCUUGGAUGAAAUUUUAAAGGACACUCAUGCUUGCACACACGCUCAUACUUGCAAUCCUUCUGGUCCUGAUUAUUCACAUACACACACCUGUUUUCAUGUCCAUACUAAAGUUGUCUCUUCCCCGACCGAAGACAAGGUUUCCACUGACGACACAGCGGAGUCUGUGGAUAAGAAGACUAAGAAACGCUCGCUAGGUAACCGCGAAGCAGUUCGUAAAUACCGGGAGAAGAAAAAGGCGAGGGCUGCAUCAUUGGAAGAUGAAGUUAUGAGAUUGACGGCCCUGAAUCAGCAACUGUUGAAGAGAUUGCAAGGCCAGGCUGCAUUGGAGGCUGAGAUUUCUAGGCUCAAAUGUUUGCUUGUGGAUAUUCGAGGAAGAAUUGAAGGGGAGAUUGGAAGCUUUCCAUAUCAUAAACCAGCCAAUUCAAAUCUUCUCAACCAAAAUGCACCUGGAAGUUAUGUGAUAAAUCCAUGUAAUGUUCAAUGCAACGAUCAGCCGUAUUGCCUUAAUGCAGGGACCGAUGGAAAAAGUGGAGAGAGCGUUUUGUUGAACGGGCAUAGUUUUAGUGCGUGUGACAUCGGAAAUCUCGAGUGCUUGGCCAAUCAAAACACAGGAGCAAACGAACUUCCGGACUGUGAAUUAAACCAGAAGAAAGGGGUCCAUAAGGCGACGAAAAAUGCGAAGAGCUGAGCUCGAAUAGUAUAUGCAUCCUUUUGUGUAUAUAGGCCUGCCCCACGUCCAUUCCUGUUCUUCUGUUCAGUGCAGCAUCAACAUUAUCUUUUGAGAACUAGGAAAUGGCAGGAUUUCAAAACACCUGAAGGAAACUUAAUUCUGCUCGUUCAACGUGCAAGACAACUUCGAGUAGCAUGUACAGUCUAAGACGAAAGGUACGAACCGAGCACUUUUGUCACAUGCAUUCCGAGCAUCCUCCAUUUCGACCCGGGUUCGCCAUUCCGAGCAUCCAUUUUGAGGAGUCAUGAAGUAAAAUCAC